AUGCAGCCUCAACACUCUGAGCAAGAGCAAACCCACCAAUCACCAUCAAACACCAUCUCGAACGACCGACCGUUUGCGAGAGACGAAAGUGGGCAACGACAACAACAACAACAGGAACAGGCGCAGCCACAGAUUGUUCCGAAGCGAGACAAGCAAGAAGACAUGCUAGCUUCCUGGACGGACAGCGCAGCCGAGCAUCGCACCCUCACGUCGGGGUUCUCGCAUGGGCCUCUGGAUAUGCCUUCGCCUCUUGUCUCGCCGUCUUCGGCGCUUGGACGAACCCCGACGUCAGAGACGGCCUCGACACUCUACGAGAGCAGCAUCUCAGGCCAUGUACACCUCACUUCGCCCACCUCGCCCCGUCAUGUAAGCGACCUCAAGCAGAUUCCCAUCUUUCAACCCACCGCACAGGGUGGGUGGACCCAUCGCGACCUUGCACCUCAGUCCGAUGAGGCACGGUAUAGAAACCUGCCACCCAGGACUCCGACAGCGGAUCCAGGCCCUUCACCGACGCCUUUUGACUUUGCGCACAUCAAGGCGUGGCACGACUCGGCCCCUCGACGGAGCGACGAGCUUCCUUCGCUCUUUGCGGGUUUCGACGAGCAGGCGGCAGCGGCACAAGCAGCAGCAGCAGCAGCACCGUGGGGUCUUCCUAAGAUGGCAUCUGACGCGCAGCCCGACGAGAGGUCAACGCCGUUGACGACUGCGUAUCACGAGGCCGACGCCCGCGCAGCAUUUGAGUGGCAACAGAUCCUCAGCCAGCAUCAGCAGCAGCAUCAACAGCAGCAGCAGCAUCAGCAUCAGCAUCAGCAAUUGCAACAGCAGCAACAGUCACAGCAACAGCAACAGCAGCAGCAACAACAGCAAGCUCAGCUGAAGCUGCUUGCCGAUGCGCCAUCCACAACACCGCCGCAGGAGUUCAGCAUCUUUGUGGGCGACCUGAGCCCAGAUCUGCGCGAAGAGGACCUCGUCAACCAGUUUCUCCAGCCACCGCCUUGGCCUCCUUCGCAUCCGUAUGCCAUCGCGCACGGCCAUGCGCAGCAGAGACAGGGCAACUACACCACGUCAUCUAGGGUCGGUCCUGCACCCUUCCUCUCUACCAAGACGGCAAAGAUCAUGACCGACCAGGUAACGGGUGCCUCUCGUGGUUUUGGCUUUGUGCGCUUCAACCAGGAACAGGACUGCACGAGAGCUCUUGUCGAGAUGCAAGGGGUCGUCAUCUCGCCCAGCACCGGUGGCCCAGGACGGCCGCUUCGCGUGUGUACCGCAACGCCAAAGAAUCGCAACAAUGCUGGUGCGGCCCCCAUGACGCAGCAGGCCCUCACCGAGAGCAUCAUGAAGCACACUCAGGCCCAGGCGCGCGCUCAGGCCGAGGCUAUGGUCAGUCCCAGCCGCUCGUCGCACGCCGCGGGUGCAUUCGGCCUGCCCUCUCCCCUGUCCUCUGUCUCACCGUCGCAGCCGCCUCCCCGCCUGGCCUCGCCCAGCUUCUCGCCGUCGAGCAGCUCCUAUCCUCGAUCAACGCCUACGCAGAGCACAUUCACCGCUCUUUCCGCCUCGGCAUCGAACACACUGCCGACAUCGGCCAGCGCCCUCGACCCAAACAAUACGACGGUGUUUGUCGGCGGUCUGUCCUCGCUCAUUUCCGAAGACACGCUCAAGUCCUUCUUCCAGCCGUUUGGCGAGAUCACCUACGUCAAGAUCCCACCUGGAAAGGGCUGUGGCUUUGUCCAAUUCGUCCGCAAGGUGGAUGCUGAACGGGCGAUUGAGCGAAUGCAAGGCUUUCCGGCCGGAGGCGGUCGAAUCCGCCUAAGCUGGGGCAGGAGCCAAGGGGACAAAGCAGCUGCUGCGGCUGCUCAGGCCGCUGCCAGCGCCUCGCAUCUCCGUGCCGCCGCUUCGCUCGUGGGGCUUGAGAGCCUGACCCAAGAGCAGCUCACGGCGCUGGGCAACCUCGGCAGCGUCCUGACGGCGAGUGCAACUGGCCAUUCCCCUCUUGAUCUCAGCUCAGCACUCUUCAACAAAGCCGUGCUCAACGAUGGUCUUUCUCUUGGUGGCCAUUUGCAGCAACAGCAGCAACAGCAACAGCAGCAGCAGCAGCAGCAGCAGCAGCAGCAGCAGCAGCAGCAGAAGGACUCGUCGUCUUACAGUCAAAUCGAAUCGGGUCACUCGAGGAGCUACAUGCAGAAUAGCAGCGAUUUUCGAGACAGUCCUACCCUCAAUUAUGUCCAUCAGCGUCUCGCCGACCCUGCGAGGAACAUGGCUACCUCGCAUUCCAUGCCUUCCAUUGACAUCCAUCGGAACGAUGCGACGGGCAUGGAAACGCUCCUUGCGAGCCUCAAUCUCGGCUCCGACAAGCUCUCUAGCAGUGGCAAUCUGGAACGGGAAAGGGGCUGGUCUGCGCCCCUCGUCUCUCCUCGGCCUGCUUCCUUGUCGACGUCGACGGUCCCGACCUUUGCUCCUCGUCCUUCCCACUCUUCUUUUCUCAACUCGUCUGCUUUUACGCCAUUUUCACCCACGGCAUCGCCUGCUCCCUCGAGUUCGGGUCUCGCCAGCAGCGCCGUUGAUGGGCCUAGCGACGCCUCGAGCUCUUACCAGCGCCAACAGUUCCAGCGAUUUCUCGAUCGGCAGAAAGACGAGCAGCAGCAGCAGCAGCAGCAAGAGCGGCGAGACUGGCCCUCGGCCUCGUUCAUUCCGUCCAUUUCGCCAGACAAGGAAGAGAGCCCGAGCAACAGAACGGGAGAUGGACAAAAUGCAGGAUCUAGCAGCACGGGGGCAAAGACACCCCCGUCAUCCUCUUCUUUGUCUUUCCACAGGCACUCUCCUCCAUCAAAUACGCCCUAA